CCGAGACAGGUGCUGAUAUGAGCAACUGGCGUCAGUGUCUCCAAUUUGUCCUUCUUCUGUUCUUUACCCCUAAGUCCAUGGCUGAGUAUGUCGAAGAAGACCUGUACAAGAUUGACAUGGACAAGAUUGAUAUGAAGAUCAGUAAUACAUCACAUGUUAUCAGUGUAACAUGGAAGCCACCAAAUAAUAAGAGCGAUCCCAGGUGUUAUACAAGCGAAGUACAGUGCAAAAGCCAAUGUGUCAAAGACUGGGAGAGAGGUCUGAAGUAUAAACUUGAACACAAAAACGAGGAGUAUGGUUUAAACAUGUCUACUCUCAGUAUGAAGAAGAAUUACGAUUUCAGAAUAAGAAUGAUGCUGAGUUGCAUAGGAGGGGAAUGGAGCAAUUGGACACAAGUGCAACACUGGGGAAAUAAUACAGAUGCUUGUAUGGAAGAAUCAUCUUCCUACAUAUGGAUUUAUGUUUUGAUACCUGUGCUGCCAAUGACCGGCUUACUUCUAAUGUAUCUGUUCACACAAGAGAGCAUUAGAAGACUGAUUCUUCCUGUGGUACCAGAUCCCAAACACUUAAAAAAUAAAAUAAUAGACAUUGACCAGUCUCAGUGGUGGAGCAACCUUACACAGUGCAGUGAGGAGUGCACAACAACAGAUAUUGAGAUUAUCAACAAAAGUGAAAGAGAUGGGGAUGACCAGACUCUGGUAAUUCAGUCCAUGGGUAUCAGCCCCGCCCCGAGCAACAAGACAACAUGUACAGCAUCUACUCCUCUGAAACCCCCUGCUUGA